AUGUACAAACUGUUUCUCGUUGCGGCUUUUUUAUUCGCCGAUGUUCUCGGCCUACCAGUAAGACCAUGUCCCAACAAUGCGCCUGUCCCUGUUGAGGUGCGAGUCGUCGAUUGCUACGAGGAACCAUGUGUGAUCCCGCUCGGUGGAAUGGUCGAUAUGGAUCUAGAUUUUAUUGUGGCUCGUGACAGUGCCACCGUUAGUGCAGCAUUGAAUAUCUUCUUGGGUGAUUUCCGAGUACCAUACGAACUGCCGGCCGAUCAGCAGAAUGCGUGUAAUUUCUUCUACGGACGUAGUUGUCCCAUUCAACAAGGUGAAAAGAUCAACUACCAUCUCAGCACUCCAGCCACUGCUCCGUUUGCCAAUGUGACCGUCGAUCUGGAACUUCAGCUAACCGGAGACGAUGGGGAACCGCUGUUUUGCUUCCGCUCAUCGGCCCGGAUUGUACCGGCUGAAUGA